AUGCAUCUACAUGUUGAGUCACCAGCCCAAGAAACCCUCCACUAUACUACUGAGAUUUUCAAAAUUGAGGACAAGCACAACACUCCAGUUAUGUCUCCUGAGGAAGACAUAUCGGAAAAAAGGCGUGAAAUUCAAGGUGGUUAUGAGUGGGACAAUCUUCUUGAUCCCCUUCACCCGUGGCUUCGACGAGAGAUUGUGAAAUAUGGAGAGUUCGCGCAAGCAACGUAUGAUGCCUUCGAUUUUGAUUCAUUCUCGGAGUAUUGUGGGAGUUAUUUGCUUCGGUGGCUCGAGAGGUCUCACUUGAUGGACAAAUGGAGCAAAGACUCAAAUUGGAUGGGAUUCAUAGGAGUUAGUGAUAAUAAUGAGUCUAGACGAAUCGGGCGAAAAGAUAUAGUCAUUGUCUGGCGUGGCACAGUGUCACCAUCAGAGUGGUACGAGGAUUUUCAAAGGAAGUUAGACCCAAUUGGGCACAGGGAAGCAAAAGUGGAACAUGGGUUUCUUAGCAUUUACAAAUCUAAAAGUGAAUCAACUAGGUACAACAAGUCUAGUGCCUCGGAACAAGUUAUGAAAGAAAUGAAGAGGCUAGCGCAAUUCUACAAUGCAAGAGCUGAAGAAGUGAGCCUUACAAUCACUGGUCAUAGCCUAGGAGGUGCAUUGGCUCUUCUCACUGCUUAUGAAGUUGCGUCCUCUCUCCCUGGCCUUCAUGGUAACGUUAUAUCAUUCGGUGUGCCUAGGGUUGGGAACAUAGCUUUUCGAGAUGAGUUGCACCAAAUGAGAGUAAAAACACUACGUGUUGUAGCUAAGCAAGAUUUAGUCCCUCGCAUGCCAGGGCUCGUUUUCAAUGAAAGCCUACAGAAGUUUGAUGACAUAAUCGGAACACUAGACUGGGUUUACACACAUGUUGGAGCUGAAUUGAAGCUUGAUGUAUGGUCUUCUCCUUAUCUUAAACGUGGAUUUAACGUCUCAGGGUUCCAUAUGUUGGAGACUUACCUUCAUCUAGUAGAUGGGUUCCACAGUAAAACCUCAACAUUUAGGUCUGAUGCUAGAAGGGACAUUGCUUUGGUGAACAAGACCUAUGACAUGCUUGUGGAUGAACUGAGGAUUCCUCAUUUUUUGUACCAACAGACCAACAAGGGACUAGAAUGCAAUGAACAUUGCAGGUGGGUUAAACCCAAAAGAGACCCAGAAGACAUACCUUUGCCUACCAGUGAAACACACACCCACGUAUUUGAGAUGCAGGAGAAUUAUGGCCUUAUACCAUUGUUCAGUUUAUAA